GAAUCCGAGUUCUACAUUCUAUCUGGCUCUCUAGUUUGCUGAACAUGUAGCUAGUUUACAGCUAACGGGUGAGAACCAACUACUUACCGUUAUUUGUUAAGCUUGGAGUUAACGUUGUUUUACUGCUCUAGAAGGGAAGCGUACUUCUAAUUUAUUAGAAGUUAUACAAUUUACUUGCGACAGAGUUACAUUAAGUCACAUGCAUGUUUAGUUAGUUUAUGUGGCGUCAUUAGUAUAACACUCGCUGAAAGGAAUUAAUGUUGGUUUUAGCAUAGCUAACAUCAACUUUGGCUAAUACCGUUAGCUAGCUUGUCUGGCUGGCAUUUGCACAACACGGUUCUGUACAGUGGUCACCUCUAAUGAGCAGGUAACAACAAACAAGUUGGCCUUGGGAUUUCGGCUACGUCACCCGAAAAUAGAGAUGAGCUGUCAGGUUGAUCACACCCCUCCAUUGAGGGUGUUGGUGACGGGAGGAUCCGGCUUGGUGGGCAGGGCUAUACAGCAUGUGGUGAAAGAGGAGGGGGGAGCCAAGGAAGGGGAAGAAUGGAUAUUUCUCUCCUCCAAAGAUGCCAACCUCACGAACAUGGAGGAGACACGGGCAGUGUUUGAAAAAUAUCAGCCGACCCACGUCAUUCAUCUGGCUGCUAUGGUUGGGGGGCUUUUCAAGAACAUGAAGUACAACCUGGACUUUUGGAGAAACAAUGUCUACAUCAACGAUAACGUGCUGCAGGCAGCACAUGAAGUUGGCGCGGUCAAGGUUGUUUCCUGCCUGUCCACCUGCAUCUUUCCGGAUAAAACCACCUACCCUAUUGACGAGACCAUGAUCCAUAACGGUCCACCUCAUGAGUCAAACUUCGGCUAUGCCUAUGCAAAGAGAAUGAUUGAUGUUCACAACAGGGCAUAUUUCCAGCAGCAUGGGAGUUGCUAUACAGCUGUGAUUCCCACUAAUGUGUUUGGUCCCCAUGACAACUUCAGCAUUGAGGACGGUCAUGUGCUGCCAGGCCUAAUUCACAAAGCUUACAUUGCUCAAAAGGAGGGGAAGCCCCUUGUGGUCUGGGGCUCCGGCACUCCCAGAAGACAGUUCAUCUACUCUUUAGACCUGGCUCGUCUCUUCCUGUGGGUCUUGAGAGAGUAUUCAGAGGUCGAUCCAAUCAUUCUCUCUGUUGGAGAGGAGGAUGAAGUGUCCAUCAAAGAAGCUGCAGAAGCAGUUGUGCAAGCACUGGACUUUAAAGGAGAAGUGGUGUUUGAUACCAGUAAAGCAGACGGCCAGUUCAAAAAGACAGCCAGCAAUGCAAAGCUUCACCGCUACCUGCCAGACUUCACCUUCACACCCUUCAAACAAGCUUUAAAGGAAACCUGUGAUUGGUUUGUUGCCAACUAUGACGCAGCCAGGAAGUGAACGCUCUGCCAAUCAAUUUGGUACAAAGUCUGUCGAUCAAUGACCCGCUCUGUUGGAAGAGGAGGUGGUGACGGCAAAGGUGGAGAGGGCUGGAAGAAAACAAGGUGGCUCAUGUGCAAAGGUAGAUGGAUGUGACUGAAUUGUGUGUUCUCAGUGAGCUAGACUAAAUAUACUCAGCAAAACAAAGAAACGUUCUGUCACUUUCAACUGCUUUUUAUAUUUUAAACAAACUUAACAUAUGCAAAUAUUUGUAUGCGCAUUAAAAGAUCGAACAACUAAGGCCUAAACUGAACAAUUUUCACAGACAGGUGACUGACAGAAAUGGAAUAAUGUCCCUGAGAAAGGGGGAGGGAGGGCUACUAAAUCAAAAGUAGCCCUCAGUAUCUGGUGUGGCCACCAGCUUUAUUAAGUACUGCAGUGCAUCUCCUCCUCAUGCACUGCACCAGACUAGCCAGUUCUUUUUUUUUUUUUUAAGAUUAUUCUUUGGGGGCUUUUCCCUUUUUAUUUUGAAAGUGGAU